AUGAAGAAUAGCCAAUUUAGAGAGACAUUAGUUCAAAUGAUUAAGAAUAUUCUUAGAGAAGUUAAUGAAGAAAAGAUAAAAGCUACUUACUUCUGCAAUACUAAUAGAAAAAAUACUAUAUCCAAGUUUUUGAAG